AUCUCUUUUUCUUCCCAAUUUUCUCUCUGUUUUUUUUUUUUUUCUACUAUUUCCCUUUUAUUAUUAUUAUUUUUCCUUUGGAUUUCUUGUUUACCUUUUACCAUGUCUUUGGUUAUUUUGUGAGUGGCUCAUGAAACGAGGCCUUUGAGGUCCUUCCCCUUUCGGUUGAGGUCCUCCCUCUCUCUGACUCCUUUUUGCCCUCCACGUUCCGUCCUAAUUCAUUUACAGAACCCACACAGAUACUCACCCACCCAUAAAAGCCUUGCCACAGAUUCAUCUUCUUGGCAUUUGGGUGCUUUUCCUCCCCUUCUCUCCCUCUCUCUCUCUCUUCUGAUUCAGGUUCAGUUCUUCGGUACACUGCCAGCUAUCAUUCAAUUUCAACACCCUUUAAAAUCCUGUCUUCUUUUUCUGCUCCUCAUCAGUUUUUUCUCUCUUUAUCCCCCUCCAGUUCUUUUCUACACUAUCCUAUCUCAGAGGUAUUUUGCAUUCUGGAAAAGAAAAGCAAAAACAAUGGGUAGCUCCCAAAAUUGCAUUUUCUGUCGCACAACAACUAGACACCUCAUCAUUUCCUUGCUUCUUCUUUUGGUUUCAAGCUUCACCCAAGUGACUUUCGUGGCUGAAGCCAGAGCUAUUUCCGAGCUAAUAAAUGCUACCCAGAAAGCAGAUCAUGAAGAAGACAAGGUGAUGAUGAUGGUGAGGAGGAAUCUGAUAGGGUCGGCGCCACCGAGGUGCGAGAGGAGGUGCAAGUCAUGUGAGCACUGCGAAGCAAUUCAGGUGCCGGUGACAAACGUAAACCAGAACCGAAGAAGAAGCCAUUACACUUCUGCAACUCUCUCUAUUCCGGACUCGAGGGGCGACGACGUCUCCAACUACAAGCCAAUUAGCUGGAAGUGCAAGUGUGGGAACUUCAUUUUUAACCCUUGAUUAAAAGAAAUUUACUUUUUAAUCUAGUUUGUAUUUAUUAAUAUUUCUUCUUUAGUUUUUUUACUUUUCCCUUCUCUUAAUUGUACACAGUUUCUCUCUGUUU